AUGAGGUUCGCAAAUUUCAAUUUAUUCUCCCUCAGCAUCCUGUCUCGCUAUCUACUUAUGGGGAUGCCAUCGCACCUAGUGAGGUAUAAUCAUAUCGCAGUCCACAAGAAGAUCUGCAAUAAAAAAGCAGAGCAUACUAAUAACAUGAGUCUGGACCCUGCAAAUCUCAAGGAUUUCCUCGCCACUUUAACUGGCCAGGAAGUAGUUCCAGCAAAAUCUAACAAGAAGAUGAAGCUAGACCCAAGUGUUAGCUCUCAACCCACACUGGAUAGCGAAUUUGGCCUUGGAAACUUGAACAAGCUCGAACAUUGUGCUCGCACGCUUCAGAAGGCAAUUCGUACUAUUGUAGACGAAGCCCCGGAUCUUUCAAAACUCGAGGAGUUAAAAAAUAGUAAAGACUUGGAUCAGUUUGCCGCACAGGAUAUUAAGGAGAACCAUCUCUUGCAUUUGAUCUGCGACUUGAAGACCCAAUAUCAAAAAGGGAACUUAAAGGUUUUCGAUAGAAUCUUAGAAAACAAGUUUUUCAAUUCUGCCUCUCUUGAUACUACCUCUGACACAUACCCUCAUAAGACCCCAUCUGGGCGGAAACAAAAUGAAAAUAGUUCGGCUUCAACGAAGGAAUAUUCCUCAUUGAGCAAGCCUCGCAAACACAAAUCCAGUUCGUCUUCCAGCGGACUCCCCGACCUUCCCGAAAUUUAUAACCCACGUCUUCAUAGUCGAGUCUUCAGUCACAAAUCGAUGAACGCAAACAAAACGUAUCUUGCCGAGGAAGAGAUCAUCCUGCUGAACAACGAGCGCCUUGAAUUCUUGGGAGAUUCGGUUCUUCACUUCGUCACUACCCGUAUUUUGUACGAUAGAUUCCCACUUGUCAAUGAAGGCUUCUUAUCCACCUGGCGUGCAACCUUGGUGUGUAACAAGACUUUGGCCGAGUGGUCCACUAAAUAUGGCUUCGAUGGCAAGUUGAGAAGUAAAGUUGAUAAUUCCGCAUUUAUUACAGGAAAACAAAAGAUCACUGCCGAUAUCUUUGAAGCCUACGUUGGUGCCUUAGCUAUCGACCGUGACUACGACCUUAUGCCAAUUAAAGAUUGGCUCACUCAACUCAUGGCCCCUAUCCUUGCGAAAGCAGAGGUUGAGUUGAAGAAAAAUUCUCCAAUCAACAAAGAUGCAAAGUCCCAACUCUAUUCGCUUAUUGGCUCGGCUCUGAUGCACCCAUCAUACAAAGUGACUUCUGAAGCUUCUACAUUCAAUGGUGCCUUCAGUGUGGAAUGUUGCAUGGGAGAUGAUGUUUUGGGCAGUGGUACCGCUUCCAAUCUUAAGGACGCUGGACUUAGGGCAGCCAUGAACGCACUCUCUCAUAAGGAUAAGAUCGAGAAGUAUGUCAGAAUGAGAUUGCAGACCGAUCGCUCUGUAUCCAGAAUCAAGAGCAGUGACUCCUCGGCUGACCCAACAGCCGGUUCUGGCACAAGUCAACCGCAAGAGAAAUCGAAAUUUCCUCUUGUUGCGGACAAAACUGUGCUUGGGAAUAAAUUUGCUAAAAACGAGGUGUACGCCUUCUUAAACCAGGCCGUGGGUGUCAAGCCGGACUACAAAAGCUCCUAUGACAGCGAAAACAAGCGAUAUAUCUGUGAAUUCAAAAUCCUGGACGUCACCUUGGCAAUUGCAUAUGACACAUCUAAGAAGAAUGCUGAAUCGAGGGCUGCGACAAUGAUCUUACAAAACAAGCAUUUGCUACAAGAAAUGAUGAACCUUGUAGCUUAA